AUGGGAUUCUCUCCCCAACAAGCAUGUAUAGCGCUUGCAGCUACGGCUACCGGUCUCAAUGUACAAGCUGCUUUAGAGAUUCUACUCGCAAAUGGUUCUGGUAAUUCCUCCACCUCACCUCCCUCGUCGCAUAACUACGAAGUUCGACCGCCUUCAAGACGUCCACCAAAUCAGUAUGAUGAGGAUGCUAUUCCUGUUUUGAUCGAUGAUCGUAAGUGUUCAGUCUCGCCGAACUCUCAAGAUGCUGAGGACGAGCUUGAAGAACUUCACAAGGAAUUUGUCGGCGAAAUUGACUUACCUGAAAGUGAAGAGCCUCUGCUCAAAGAAUUCAAGCGUCAUUUCGUUCUUUUCCUCGUUCAAUACCACGAGAUAUGGCACAAGAAAGCAGAGGCGUCGUUCUGGACUGCCAAGGAGAUGGACCUCUCAAAAGACAUCCAUGACUGGACCAGCCGUCUUAAUGACAAUGAACGUCACUUCAUUUCACACGUCCUUGCCUUCUUCGCGGCAUCCAACGGCAUUGUCAAUGAAAACCUCAUCGAACGUUUCUCUAAUGAGGUCCAGGCUGCUGAGGCCCGACCCUACUCACUUCUCAUCGACACAUACAUCAAGGAUUCUGCCCAGCGCGAAUAUUUCUUUGACGCCAUGGAAACUAUUCCUUGUCGCUUGGUCGCCUUCGCUGCUGUCGAAGGCAUCUUUUCCUCUGGUUCCUUUGCGUUCAUCUUCUGGCUCAAGAAAUGUGGUCUCAUGCCUGGUCUUACGUUCUCAAACGAGCUCAUCAACCGUGAUGAGGGUAUGCGCACCAAUUUUGCAUCCUUGCUCUUUAGCGUCGCCCGCACCCUGAGACUGUCAAAUGCUCUCCCCGGUGUCGGCCUCAUUGGCAUGAAUGUCAAGCUUAUGUGCCAGUACAUCGAGUUUGUCGCAGACCGCUUGCUAGGUAAUGAUAAUGUGUACAACAUCACAAAUCCAUUCGACUUCAUGGACAUGAUAUCGCUACAGGGGAAGACCAACUUCUUUGAAAAGCGUGUAUCUGACUAA